AUGGAUCGCAUCAAGGAGAAAAUGAACCAGCUCCGUCUGGAGGCUGACGACAACGCCAGCAAGGUCGAGGAGCUUCAACAAAAGCUCAAGGCUCUCGAGCAGGAGAACCUGGCCAAGGAGCAGGAGAUCACAUCGCUCUCGCACAAGAAUGGUCUGCUCGAGUCCGAGGUCGACAAGCUCGACACUUCGGUCAAGGACCUGAAGAAGACCUCCGAGGAGGGCCAGCAACAUGGUACGCAGAAUGAGACCCUACAACGCAGACUCCAGCUCCUCGAGGAGGAAGCCGAGGAAGCAGAUAAGACUCUUCGUGAGGCCAAUGAGAAGCUCCGCCAAACUGACGUGAAAGCCGGUCAUUUCGAACGCAAGGUCCAGGCCCUCGAGCAGGAGCGCGACCAGUGGGAGGGCAAGUACGAGGAGAUGUCCAAGAAGUACACGGCCUUGCAAAAGGAGUUGGAGGACCUCCAGAACGAGAUCGGCAACAUCUAA